CUCUUUUCAGGGUUCUUUGUCUUCUUUCUGAUUUUUUUUUUUGACGUUGAAGUCAUGUCCUGAUAUAGCUUGAGAAAUUCUAUUUCUAAUUCUAUUUCAACAUUUAAGAAGAUUGCUGUGACCAGCAUAGGUAAGAGUGGUGGGUGUGACAGGUGUUAUGUUCAGGUAUAUGUUCCGAAAACGUGUUGUGUAGAUACAUGUACAUAUUAAUACAGAAGAGGACCAGCCAGGCAAAUGCAGUAGCCAUUCUUCUCUAGGUUUAUCUAUACCCAGAAUUCAAUAUGAGUGAGGAUCCUAUAGAAGCAGCAGUAAAUGCUGGUGAUAUUGACCAAGAUACAAGUGGCGGCCACCAUGACUUUCAGUAUUAUGAAAAGACAGCAGAUAGUGAAGCAGCCCCAAAGACUAAUGAAGAAGCCAGAAGAAAAACCAGUGACAAACCUUCAAAAGAAUUGAUUGGAUUUCUGGAUCUGGUGCGUUUUGCAGAUGCCUGGGAUAUUCUACUGAUAAUAGUUGGCCUCUUUUGUGCUGUUGCCAGUGGCACAGGCUUGCCGUUACUCAUCAUAGUAUUCGGUGACAUGACCGACAGCUUUGUUCUGAGUGGCAUAAAUGUUACAAAUAUGUCUGGCUGUUUUCUCCCAAGCAUCGAUUUGGAGGCUGAAAUGACAAGGUAUUCAUAUUACUAUAUAGGCCUUGGCAGUGCUGUAUUUGUGCUAAGUCUUAUCCAGAUCUGGACAUUUUUAGUCUCUGCAACAAGACAGAUCAUGAGAAUUCGACAGACAUUUUUCAAGGCUGUCCUACAUCAAGAUAUGGCUUGGUUUGACUCAAACCAAGUAGGGACCCUAAAUACCAGGCUAACAGAUGACAUUAAUACUAUACAUGAAGGCCUAGGAGAUAAAAUGUGUAUAUUUGCACAGUUUUUAUCAUCGUUUGUGUGCGGCAUUGUGGUGGGAUUCGUGCACGGUUGGAAGCUGACCCUCGUUAUUCUCUCAGUGAGUCCUUUGCUCGGAGCAUCUGCAGCUAUUUGGACAAAAUUGGUUGCCUCUUUUACAACAAAGGAGUUACAUGCCUAUGCAAAGGCUGGGGCAGUUGCAGAAGAGAUACUGACAGCAAUCAGAACAGUAAUCACUUUUAACGGACAGAAAAAAGCAUUGGAUAAGUACAAUGCUAAUUUAAGUAAUGCAAAGGCAGUAGGAAUAAAAAAAGCAGCUACCACAAACCUCUCCAUGGGACUUUCACAGUUUCUCAUAUUUGGAGCGUAUGCCCUAGCAUUUUGGUAUGGUACUAAACUCACCGUAGAUGAGCCAGAAAAUUAUAGCAUUGGUAAAGUACUAAUUGUAUUCUUUUCGGUGCUGGUCGGCACUUUUGCUCUCGGCCAAGCAACCCCAAACAUAGAAAGCCUUGCAAAUGCCAGAGGAGCUGCUUUUGCUGUAUACAAAAUUAUAAAUAAGCACCGUCCUAUAGACAGUAGUUCCGAGGAAGGACACAAACCCAACAGACUGAAAGGCGAUAUAGAAUUCAAAGGCAUUCAUUUUGCCUACCCAUGCCGUCCUGGUGUGCAAAUUCUCUCUGGACUGAACCUGAAAGUGGAAGCUGGUAAAACCAUCGCUUUGGUUGGUAUGAGUGGUUGUGGUAAAAGCACUACCAUACAGUUGCUGCAGAGGUUCUAUGAUCCAUCACAUGGAGAGGUUACUUUGGAUGGACACGAUAUCCGUUCACUAAAUGUAAAAUGGUUGAGGGAAAAUAUUGGCGUAGUGAGUCAGGAGCCAGUGCUCUUUGGCACAACCAUUGCAGAAAAUAUCCGCUACGGAGGGGAAUCAGUAACAGACAACGAAAUUGAACAAGCGGCAAAAGAAGCCAAUGCCUUUGAUUUUAUAUCCAGGCUUCCUGAUAAAUUUAAGACGAUGGUGGGAGAAAGAGGUGCGCAGUUGAGUGGGGGUCAGAAGCAGCGGAUAGCCAUUGCACGCGCCCUGGUACGGAACCCUAAGAUUCUACUUCUUGAUGAAGCCACAUCAGCUCUGGAUACACAAAGUGAAGCUAUUGUACAAGCUGCCUUGGAUAAGGCCAGAGCUGGAAGGACCACAAUUGUGAUAGCUCAUCGACUGUCUACUAUCAGAACAGCUGAUGUUAUUGCUGGAUUUCACAAUGGAGUGGUAGUGGAGAAAGGGUCACACAGUGAGCUGAUGACUAAGAAAGGAGUUUACUAUUCUCUGGUCAUGCUCCAGAAACAAGGUGAAGACAGUGGUCUUGAAGACAAUGGACAGGAAGAACAUUCUUUCUCAGAGACGGAAGAGACGUACUUGAAUGAAAGUUGUUUUUCUCCAGAGGCUGAUCAAGCUUUUCAAGUGGUUGAAGGCCAAGAACUUGUUAGAAGAGAAAGUUUUCGAGUCCAGACUGGCACGUUAAAGAAUAAGAAAUCAACACUAAGGAAAUCCCAAUCACUGGAACACAUAAAGGAGGCUAAAGAAAUUCUUCCUAACGUUUCCCUGAGCAGAAUUCUGGAGCUUAACAAACCGGAAUGGUUGUAUAUUGCCAUUGGUAUUAUAGCUGCGGCCAUUUCUGGAGGAAUAUACCCAACAUUCGCGGUUGUCUUUGGAAAAGUUAUUGGGGCAUUUCAAGAGCAAGAUCCGGUUAAGAAAAGCCAGAAAACUGCUUUAUUGGCUCUCAUGUUUUUCCUUCUUGGGCUUAUCAGCUUUGCUGUCCACAUUACCAUGGGAUUCAUGUUUGGAAAAUCAGGAGAAAAUCUAACAAUGAGGUUGCGGUCGCUGUCAUUCAAAGCAUUGCUUGGUCAGGAUAUUGGAUUCUUCGAUGACCAUCGAAAUGCUGUUGGGGUUCUGCUCACAAGGCUUGCAACAGAUGCAUCGCAAAUCAAAGGGGCUGCUGGAAGCCAGCUGGGAUUGAUCACCAUGACAGUGUGUACUCUCCUUGCUGCGAUCCUGAUUGCUUUUAUCCAUGGCUGGCAGCUAACACUGCUUAUUUUGGCCUGUAUUCCAUUUUUGAUUGGUACAAAUAUCAUUAGAAUGACCUCUGUAGCAGGCCAUGCAUCAAAGGAUCAAAAGGCCCUAGAGGAAGCCGGAAGGAUAUCAACAGAAGCUGUUGAAAAUAUCAGGACAGUUGUAUCAUUAACAAGAGAAGAGGCAUUCUUUGAGAGAUAUAAUGCAAGCUUGAAUGAACCAUACAGGGAAGCUCUUGGGAAAGCACCGAUAUAUGGAGUUACUUAUGCAAUAGCUCAAUGCAUCAACUAUUUUGUGAAUGCUGCUGUGUUUAGAUUUGGAGCCUGGCUUAUAGCAAAUUGCUACAUGGAGUUUGAAAGUGUUUUCAUAGUUUUCUCGGCCAUCAUUUUUGCUGCUAUGAGUGUUGGUCAGUCAAACUCCUUUGCACCAGAUUUUGGAAAAGCCAAGUCAUCUGCUCAACGCAUGUUUCUUCUUUUGGAUCGAAAACCAGUAAUUGACAGUUACAGUAAUGAAGGAGAAACCCUGAAUGAAUUUGAAGGAAACCUUGAAUUCAAAAAUGUAAAAUUUGUGUACCCCACAAGACCAAAUGUCCAAGUUCUUCAGGGACUUAACAUCAAGGUUUUAAAAGGACAGACCCUUGCACUGGUGGGCAGCAGCGGCUGUGGGAAGAGCACACUGAUCCAGUUGCUUGAAAGAUUUUAUGACCCUAUGGAAGGACAAGUGCUUGCAGAUGGGAUAGAUACCAAGUCUCUCAAUAUACAAUGGCUAAGGUCUCAGCUAGGCCUUGUGUCCCAAGAACCAAUCCUUUUUGACUGCAGCAUUUGUGAAAAUAUUCAGUAUGGAGACAACAGCAGGCUUGUUACCCAGGAUGAGGUGGUUGAAGCAGCAAAAACUGCCAAUAUUCAUACUUUCGUUGAGAGCUUACCUCAGGGGUAUGACACACGAGUAGGUGAUAAAGGAGCCCAACUCUCUGGAGGGCAGAAACAAAGAAUUGCUAUUGCCCGUGCUCUUGUAAGAAAGCCAAAGGUGUUACUGCUGGAUGAAGCUACCUCUGCACUUGACACUGAAAGUGAAAAGGUUGUGCAAAAGGCCUUGGAUGAUGCAAGAAAAGGGAGAACUUGCAUAGUCAUCGCCCACCGUCUCACAACAGUGCAGAAUGCAGAUGUCAUCGCUGUGAUACAGAAUGGAGAGGUGGUGGAACAAGGCACUCAUAGUCAGUUACUGGCAAAGCAAGGAGCAUAUUAUGCACUUAUAAAUUCACAAGUAUCAAACUGUUAAUAAAAUGAUUCAGGGGAUUAUUACAUUGACCCUCAACCCUGAUGCAAUGCUAUUUAAUCAUCUUAUACAUUGUCAAACAAAAAAAAACAUCUAAUCCGCGGUUGACUAGUGUAUAUCAAGUAUCUGAAAUUUGUGUAGUUUGUUCUAAUGCAAUUUCAUUGAAUAUGUUAAAAAAAUAGAAAACAUGGUUGAUCAUGUAGUAUAAGGUGCAAAAUGUGUUCCAUGUUUAGUGAAUCAUCAGGUGUUUGCUUUCUUAACUCCUUCUGUUGAAGAACGUUGAUGCUUACCUGACCUGUUGGCUGAAUGUUAGGUGUAUAUCUUACCUUGCUUUGAUAACCACUGUCCUGUCCUGGUUUACACUGCAAAUAAUUCACUCUACCAUAUAAAAUUGUAUUCCUAAACGAACAAGUGU